CGAUCACAAAUGAGACGCGACGUGUAAGCGCGCAAACGCGGUCGCACGUGGAAGCUGUUCCGGCACUAUCCGAGUGAGGUAGCGAAAGCUUUCGUCGAGUGAAGUGUUCCGUCUCACUCGACAGUAACCAGUCAUGUCUGCUCUUCGUCUCCUCUCUUCUGCUGGUCGGAGAGCACCAAAAGCUCUUUCCCUGGGCCGCCGUGGAUAUGCUGAAGUAGCCGAUAAAAUCAAGCUUUCCCUGGUCUUGCCCCACCAAGCCAUCUUUACUUCUGCGGAUGUUGUCCAAGUCAACUUGUCUGCUGCUACAGGUGAUAUGGGUAUCCUCGCCAACCACGUCCCUUCCAUCGAGCCUUUGCGUCCUGGUGUUGUUGAGGUGAUUGAGGGCGCUAAUGGUUCAAAGAAGUGGUUCGUCUCUGGCGGGUUUGCCACUGUCCACCCGGGAAACACGCUCACCAUCAACGCUGUUGAAGCUGCUCCCCUUGAGGAUUUUUCCCCUGAGGCUGUCCGUGCCAACCUUCAAGAGGCUUUGAAGGUUGCUUCUGGAAAUAGUUCUGAGGAGGACAAGUUGGAAGCUCGUAUUGAGGCCGAUGUGUACGAGUCCAUCCAACACGCUUUGGGCUCUCGAUAAUUGCACAAUGUUCCACAUAUGCAGAGGACUAUAUUAUAGUAGAAUCUUUAAGGUGCCUAUGUGCACGUCUGUCCGCCCGACCACACCAGAGUGAUAAGUAUGCCAAACGAUCUUGAUUACAUAAUCCAAAAGUG